AUGGCGUCGUUUACGUUCACUGAACUGAUCCUGGUUUUCAGCUGGUAUGAUAAAUUCCAAAUUUGUUCCCCAGGGAAUUUGGACGCCGAAUCCCAACAGGUUAGUAUCGAGACCUUGACAGCCAAUCCAAGGCAUAAGCCUAAAGCCCUUGAUGACCAGAUUGGCAGAAUGGCUGCCCGUACUAGUGUCUUCCAUGCGCAGGCGAUCAAGAGUCGAGAGAUUGACGCAACUAGGCGAGGGGUUGGUGUGCCCAAGUCCCCAUUGGAGGCGUGGUCACCGCUCCAUGAAAGUAUUCUCGGUAUCAUCACCGUCACAGGUCGUCGCGUUUCCUUCCCUAGUGAGGAGACUACUGCAUGUGAGGUUGCCUUGUUAGCAACAGCCAACAGGAGGUUGAUGCAUCACCUUAGGCACCGAAAGGGCUUGGGUCUCGAAAUUCAAUUCAACGGCUGA